CCGUCUGCAAACCGGAGCUCAUAGGCAAACGUAUCUGGAAUUUGCUGGCGACGGCUGUGGCUUACUUAUACGGUAACUACAAUCGUAUCACGGAUUAAUUUCGCCCGUGUUUGUCUCCAGAUCAGGCCGAGUGAUGCUGCCGUCGCUGGAUAAGAGUAGUGAAUGAAGACGCCGUUAUUGUCUCAGGGAGCCAGCUAGCUUAUCGUAAGUCAUUAGCUUGGAGUCGAACCGGAGAGCUAGCUAGCUGAUGUCCGGGUGAUCUCGUAAGAAAACACGGUGAAACGUUAUUUAACGUCAGCUCGAAACUACUGUGAAGAACAGAAGAUGGCUUGCGAGCCCAACCGAGUCCGGCUGCUCUGCAUGCUCUCACUGACUUUUGUGUUUUUCAUUGUGGAGGUGGUGGUCAGCCGGAUCACCGCAUCUCUGUCCAUGCUGUCGGACUCCUUUCAUAUGCUGUCGGACGUCAUUGCGCUGGUAGUGGCUCUGGUCGCGGUGCGAUUCGCCGAGAAAACCCAUGCGACCAACAAGAACACCUUUGGCUGGAUCCGGGCGGAGGUGAUGGGAGCUCUGGUCAACGCCGUUUUCCUCACGGCGCUGUGCUUCACCAUCGUCCUGGAAGCGAUCGAGCGUUUCACGGAGCCCCAUGAGAUCGAGAGCCCCAUGGUGGUCGCCGGGGUCGGUGUCGCGGGGCUCCUGGUCAACCUGCUCGGGCUCUGCUUGUUCCACGGGCACGCCGGCGGAGGACACGGACACUCGCACGGAGGUCACUCUCAUGGGAAUAAGAACAAGAGGGGUAAAACAGGGAAGUCCCAGAAAGCUGGGAAUGGGUCCUCUGGAGAGGAGACCAACAACUUGGUGGCAAAUCACAACAGUCCGGGGGAUGUGAGACCGAGAAAUGAAAUCAGCUGUAAAGACAGCACCGAGGUGCAGAUGAACGGUAACACCCACUAUGAGGAGAUGGACCAUGACCACGACUCGUCGUCUCAGCUCAACAUGCGCGGGGUCUUCCUGCAUGUGUUGGGCGAUGCCCUGGGCUCCGUCAUCGUGGUUGUUAAUGCUUUAAUAUUUACCUUUGUGUGGCAGCCCUGCAAAGCUGGUGAGAUGUGUGACAACCCGUGUAUCAACCACAAGCACAACCACAACGACAACUUCAACUACAACGACAGUGCCACAGAAAGCCCAAAUGUCAAUGCCACGCAGUCUGCUAUUAAGGCUGCUGGCCCCUGCUGGGUCCUCUACUUGGAUCCCACUCUCUGCAUCAUCAUGGUGGGCAUCCUGUUGUAUACUACCUACCCACUGCUCAAAGAGUCGGCCCUCAUCCUGCUGCAGACCGUGCCCAAGCAGAUAAACAUGCACCGGCUCAACGAGCGGCUGUUGAGUCUGGAAGGUGUGCUCGCCAUCCACGAGCUGCACAUCUGGCAGCUGGCCGGGAGCCGCAUCAUCGCCACGGCUCACAUCAAGUGUCACGACCCCACAUCUUACAUGGAGGUUGCCAAACGGAUCAAGGACUUCUUCCAUGACGAGGGCAUCCACGCCACCACUAUCCAGCCGGAGUUUGUCACGUUCAACUCGGAGUCUCGAGACUCCCUCUGUGAGCUCUCCUGUCGGACUCAGUGUGCUCCCAAGCUGUGCUGCGGUUCUGCCGACAAACAGAACACAGGGCCCGACAAGAAGGCCAGCGGUGACUGCAAGUCGGCUGCCGCUUCAGCCUUGGAAGGGAUCAGUGAGACCCCAGAGCAGGCCGCAACCAUUCAGGUGUGCCCUCGGUCAGAGCCCGAAGUUACCAUCACCAGAGAGGUGGAGUCGUCUCUGUGAGAUGGAGGGCACUGACUGAAACAGAGGAGAAGCUGGAAAAUGACCACUCUGGGCAGAAAUUAUCACUGUCAUUCAUAGGAUGCUGUUAUCUUUUUUACCUGUAGUUGUCCUGAUAAGGAAAUAAUUUUCCAUAGCCUUUUAUUCUCUGUCAUUGCCCCCCCUUAUGGCUAAAAUACCCCCCCCUCCCAUGUACAUGCAUUUGAGCCUCAUUUUUUUCAUCUUCCUCUCUCUCAUGUCCAUCCCCUUCCCUCCCUCCCAGCCUCUCCUCUGCCGCUCGGCUCCUCUCUUGUUGUCUGUUGCCCUGGCAGUAUGGUGGCAAUGCAUGUUUGGGUUCACUGACCUUAUCUCCUCCAGGACUGGAGCGAGUCCUGCAUGAGUGUCCCUCAUUAGCACCGUGUUGUGAUGCGUCAUCUCGUCCCAUGGUGUUUCUGUGCCAAAGCUUCUCACUGCAGGACUGAAGGGAUCGGAGAGAUGCCCUCUCCUCAAAAAGGACACACACAACACAUGCAAGUCGGAGCACACAUCACUAGGUUAUUUUGUUUAGCCUAUGGACCUGUCGGCGAAGAGUCUACCACCUUGUUUUUUGCGUAGGCUUUGAGCAGAUCUAUUUUCUUACCCUCUGGCCCCAGAUGGAAGGGUGUUGUAUUGCAUAAUAAUUUAAGUAUUUAAGUUAUUAGAAAUGAUCUAUUUCUCUCUGUAGAUGCUGUUUGUAAUAUUUAGUUUGGAUGAUAGAAACAUUUUUGCAAUUUUUCUGUCUUGAAGUUUUUGACAGACCACCUAUGCUGUAGUCAGUUUUACAAAUGUGAUGUUUUUAUAAUGAUCUUGUUUUUUCAGACUUUUCUCUGGCCUUGACUCAGUUUUAAUUGCAGUUUUGAGUUGGAUACAGAAGCCGUAUCAACACCUCUCUCACCUUGCCUUUUAAAUACAAAACUGCUGUGGUAUAGCACUAAAUAUAGUAGACACAGUGCAACUGAACUUCUUGCAAUGGCACAGUCACCUAAUUAAAUGUUCAUUCACAAAUUUGAUGCCUUGCAAGCCAGAGGGUUGGGUCUGUUGUGAAGAAAUGAGCACUGUAUGCCAUUAGUGAAACACUAUCCUCUGCGUGAAACUGUACUGGAAGCUUUCUGAUGGUGGCUGUUAAAAUCCUCAUGAAUGUUUGCGGCACCUUGUCACAAUCCACACUGAGGGGGAGGUUUUGUAUUUCCAGGAUGUUUUACUAAGUUUGCAUGAACAAACUGAGACCUGGUGUUCAAAUUUUCAGAGCUCUACUAAGAGCUACAGUUGCUGCUUACCAGCACCCGCUGGUAUCCUCCAACGUUAUUCAUAACUGUGUAGGGAAUGACUCAUCAUAUAGCUUAUCUGUCCACUGCUUUGGACAGCUGAGCAAGCUAUGUUUGCUGAAUUAAAGUCCAUAUGGUGGCCUUUGAAAUCUUAUGAAUUUCUCCCUCGUCACCACAGAUAUCAUUUAAAAGUGAUCCAUGAGUGCGUUUCAGCUUUCCACUCCCCAUUACAUGUGUAAAUGCAAUAUAGAAAUAUGUGCUGGGAAAUGUAUAUUGACGUGUUCUUCAUUUGUAAUGUUUGGUCACUUUUAUUCUGUGUCUUUUAAGACUUGAGCUCUAUGUGCAAAUUGAAAACAAAAGUGUUUUUUUUUUUUUUUUAUUAUUUUAGAUAUGACAUGUCAGCCGAUGUGUUUUUGAGAUAUCUAUAUAUCUCGUUCCAAUGUGUCAUUGUGAAAUAAAAAAAUGGCUGUUUGGUA